AUGUUCUUGUUUGUUUGGUUGCAGGAGUUGAUGGGUGUGGAUGAGCGGGUGUUUGCGUGCAUGUACUGCGGUGCCUCGUUCCUCCACCAGAGCAAGCUGACGCGGCACAUCCUCUCGCACAGCCUCGAGUCGCUCAAGUACCGCGAGCAGGCGGCCCACCUGCAGCUGCAGGCACAGCUGGGCCUCGAGCCCGGCAUGCACCUGCCGCCUGAGGCCCACUAUCCCGCCGCGGGUACGAUCGAGCCGAUGGACUUUGAACUCGCGGCCCACUCGGACCCGACCUCCGGCGUCGUCCUCUGCAAGUUUUGCGGCAAGUCCUUCCCGGACGUCGGCUCGCUGAUCGCCCACCUACCGGCGCACACCGGCGAUCGGCCGUUCAAGUGCGAGUUCUGCGGCAAGGCGUUCAAGCUGCGCCACCACAUGAAGGACCACUGUCGCGUGCACACCGGCGAGCGGCCGUUCCGGUGUACCCUGUGCGGCAAGACCUUCUCGAGGUCGACGAUACUCAAGGCCCACGAAAAGACACAUUACCCGAAAUAUGUGCGCAAGUUCCUGUCCCCGAGCCCCGUGGACCCCUCCGAGGAAGAGGCCCCGCCGCCGCCACCGCCGCAUCAUUGAGUUCGCCUUAGUCUCAGCAGCAGAGAAAGCCGCCGCCGUCAAGCCGAGGCAUCGACGACAACGACGACGGUGUCGUUCCCGCUUCCGGUUCCGCCGCCGCACGUUUCGUCCCGUUCCCGCAACCCCACGACACCACUCCCGAUUCUUUCCCGACACCACUACUCGUCGUCUCCUCUCAUCAUCGUCUCCAUCUGAUCGCGUGAUCGUUCACGCAUCGCGCACCCACCAAUCGGCCACCCCUUUCCUACUUCCACCCUCCCCAACAAUCGAGCGACGGGGCAACAAGCUGGCGGUGUUUCUAGUUAGUCCUGUGAUUUUGGUUAGGAUGGUUGGUAAACGCGUGUUCAGGGGGAGGGACACGUUAAUAACGAGCUCCCUCGUUUAAUCAGUGCUUUAAGACGAAACGUUUAGCUUAUUAUAUACAUAUAAAUAUAUAAAUAUAU